AUGAAUUCUGACUUAUUAGAUUCACCUCAACGAAACAAGUCAAAUGGUGGUAAGAUCAUGUCUCUAGCAUUAAUAGAUUAUGGUAAAAUAGUAACUUUUCCACCUAAAGAAUUAGCUGAAAGUGUACUUUUAAGUUCUAAAGAUAUAAAUGAAUUGUAUGAAGCUCUUCAAAUAGGAGUUAACCAAGCUUUAAAUGGAUUUCUCAAAUGGAUAUUACCAUGGAUAUAUUUACCUUUGAGUCAUUCCAAUACUUCACAGCGUAAAAGUUCUUAUAUUGAAUUUUUGAAGGAAGAUUUACAAAAUGAAACUAUUAAUACUUUUGGGUUAAUGGAAGCACUUCAAGAACCAAAUUUUUUGAAAGAAUUUGAGAAGUUUUCCAAUUCAGAUUCCAAUGAAUACUGGAAAUUUUCUAUGGUUCUGGUAAUGAAAGUGUAG